UAUAUAUAUAUAUCGUUACAUACGUUGCUGAUAGGUCGCGAUAACUAUAUAAGUUGCUAUACUAAGCUAUACUAUAUAUGUUGCCUUAUAUUCUCAAGAAAUUAAAAAGUGAUAGUCAGUUUAGUGUGAUUCACUAUAGUUUGCAGAUUUCUUCUAAUAUGAGAACAUCACCAUAUGGUAUCUGGGACUCCAUAAACAAUGGGGCUAUCGUCUUCGAGUCUCUGACCGAUGAUACCUUCGAAGGUGCUCUUAAUGUGAUAAGGAAAAGUUUUUUUUACCACGAGAAUGUAUGCAAAGCUGUAGACUUACUCUCAGAAUCCGGUGCAAGCAAAGAACUUGAGGAACUCUGUUUUGAUGCAGCGAAGGAUGGGGUUAGUGUUGUUGCUGUUGAUACAAACAAUAGGAAAGUUAUUGGAGUGGCUUUCAACAAAAUACAGCUUCUCAAAAAUUCAUCAGAGAAAAGUACCUUUGAAAUAUUCAGGGAUAAUUGCAAGUGUAAAUCUUCAAAAGCCUUGAUAGAUUUCAUGAUAAAUAUAGACAGCAGGAUAGAUUUGUUCAAGCACUAUAACACCGAUUGUAUCUUUGAAAUCAUGUUUUUGGCCACUUUGCCUUCUAAUCAAAAGUGUAGGAUAGGAGAGCUGCUGGUAACUUCAUCGAUAAAGAUAGUAGAGGAGUUAAAAAAGGGAAAUCCUGUGAAAACACCAGUCACGAUAAAUGAUUCUAAUAUUAUAGAAAACCUAGAAAAAAUACCUAACGUGAUAUCAGCAAUCAUGACCUCCAAUUAUUCGCAGAAGAUAGCGACGAAGUGUGGAUUCGAACAUUUGUUUUCAAUCAGCUAUGAUGAAUUCCAUUUCAAUAAUAAAGUUUUUAGCGAAAAUAUAGGAGAUGAGCAUCGAAACUGCAUCUUGGUUGCUAAAAAAUUGUCUUAGAU